AAGUAAAAAGGUACAUCCUCGCCGAUAUAAGUUUAAUUUGGUUGAUAAUUUGUAGUUUUCUAAAAUACUUCAUGCUGCGCAGUUGGUUCAAAUCAGGAUUUGAUAUAGUUCGUUCAAUGGGAUUUUAGUGCAGUUUAAGUGAAAAUAUUUGUGCAGUGAAAAGGAUUUCCAAUUGCCUAGAGUGCAGCGGUCAAGCGAGUGUCACACAGAACAGCUGGUAAUACGAUAUGGCAACUGUGCAAAACAGCAAGGUGGCUGCGCAGUACAAUCAGCACUAUAUUCCUAGCAAUAACAGUGCGAUACCUGGAGUAAUUACAAUUGGGCCAGGCGCUCUACACCCGGACAAUCAAUACCAAACCAUAACCCAAAUACCUCAGGAGCGACGACCUGUUCCGUCGAAACCGGUUAUUUUAAAUCGCUCAAUUAAUAGUCCAUCGGUUGUCGAAAAUCAGUUGAUUCCAACUUUUUCCGAAAUUGAAACGGAAAAACCUAUCCCCAAAGUAACACAGCAGUCAAAUUUACUGCUGCUGGUCGAAUGGGAAAUGCCUCCUGGCGAACCUAAUGCCUACUCCGUUAUCAAUGCGUCGGAGCUGGUGUUGUGCAGCCAGGGUUCAACUCGGGAAACCAUUCAUACAGGAAAAACCAUCUAUGUCAAAAGGGGCAAGAAGCUACUGCAAGCAACUGUUGUCAUCAUUUCCGACGACAAACAAUUUAUUGAAACUGAACUGAAGCAGCUUCGAAAAAUGGCGGCUGAAAAUCUAUACCAAAAUACAGCUUCGUCGUCCCAAAACAUUAACAAAGAGUCAAUAAUAAAACGCCGGCGAAUGGAAACGACAACUAACGGUCCGAGCGAGGUAGAACCUGUAAGUCCCGAGUAUGAACCGGUGCCGACGUCGGCACAGAUUUCUACUGCCAGCUGGGUCAACAGCUGUAAAUCGGAGCGUGUCAUAUCCCCGUCGCCAUCGGUGAUGACGCUGCACAUGUCCAAUGCACCAGCACCUCCCAUGACAUUCCACCAACAGACACAAACGGAUGCUAGAUUCUUUCCGCAGGAAAGUGCCUAUCUAAGCCAACAAGAUAUAUCGCGAUUACUUUCGCUGCAGGAAAGCAUUCUAACGGAGCAAAAAAGCGUGCGUAUGGAGAAUGAGUUUAACAGAAAAAUGAUGUACGAUAUAAUUGAACAACUGAAUAGCUUCUCAGAAACGCUAAAACAUUUAGCUUCGAAAGUAGAAUCUGUUAACAAAUGCUCCCAUAGCGUAGCUAUGAAGGAUUCGAUUACUAAUGUUUCCAACUACGUAGUGUUGGGCACUGGUGAUGAAAGUCGGGAUCGCUUGUCCGUUGCGGAUUCAAUCGUCCCGAAACCUGCUGUUUCUAGUGAAAGCAGUAACAAUAUGGUAAUAGACCAGCUAAGUUUGCAGGACGAAACGAACAUGUCCUUCGGUCAAACAAAAUAUUACAUUCAAGAAGAAAACUCUUCUGCCACUUCCACACCAAAAAAUUUUAGUUUUUCCAAUCGACUUUCUUCUUCGGCCUUAAGCCUAAGCAAUAUAAGUGACCUCAAUAACACUAGCUGCAUCCAAGAUAACAAAUCGGCUAUCAAUGCCGUUCUAAAAGACUGGAUUGAUGAUGAAAAUGACGAAUCUGAAAUGACCUCUAUUGGCCCAAAUAACACCAUGGUAAGCAAGCAAGUAUUACGUGCAAUUAACUGGACUAGCUACAAAGCCGCUACACGGAAGCUUCUUAUGACACUGUUUACCAGGGACAUGCUCUCUACACACACUCUAACCGGGCGUCCGUCUCCGGCUUUUAUGGGAGACCGCGCAAAACCGGUUAAAGAUAAACUGGAUCAAAAAAUUAUAUCUGACAUAAUUGCUGUCGUGGUCAAAUCUUGCAAUGUUUCGGAAUCGAUGGUACGAACGGCAAUCACCACCAAAUGUGCCGAUGAGAACAAAAUGAGCCGAAUGAAAAAUGGAAAAGCAAACUCGCAUGCGGUUCUGACCCAGUUUAUUAAAGAUGACCCGACGACAGGCAGUCCGUGUGCCAACGGUAAUGAGCGUUCGACCGGUAUAGAGAUGUCAUCCCCGUCAGUGCUGCCCCACACCAGAAGAAUCAAAAAAGAAAACAAGGAAAACGUGCACUGA